UCAAAGGUCGCAGCCUGCUUGGACUAGUUCCAAACCGAGUUACUGUCCGACGUUCGGCAAUUGAGCUAUCAGUGAACAUUGCACGCAAUUCAGUGGUCUUCACAAAGUGUUCGUCCUGCGAUCGAUAAUAAGCCCUCCCCCCCUUUUUCUCCAUCGUUGACGCAUUGAGAAGACGAGCGUGCGGGCUGACGAGGCCUCCAGCGGGUUAAUGAUUACAUGGGCUCUGUCUACCGCGCCUCAAGCGAGCGCAACUGAACUGAGCUUCAGCAGCAAUGUCAGGGAAGCGCGUGUGUGUGUCCGACUUCGAGGUGGACGCCAGGAAAGUUCUUCCUAAAGCUGUCUAUGACUAUUACAGCUCUGGAGCUGAGGAGCAGGUCACGCUGGCUGACAACCUGGCUGCCUUUAAGAGGUGGCGGCUGAUCCCUCGGGUGUUGAGGGACGUGUCCUCUGUGGAUCUGAGUGCGUCCGUGUUGGGCCACGAGCUCAGCAUGCCGCUGUGUGUCGCAGCCACUGCUAUGCAGAGGAUGGCUCAUCCGGAUGGGGAGGCAGCGACUGCAAGAGCGUGCCGAGCGGUGGGGACGGGGAUGAUGCUGAGUUCCUGGGCCACCGCCACCAUAGAGGAAGUGAUGUCGGCAACGGCGACCUCGCCAGGCGUCGGCGGCGUGCUGUGGCUGCAGCUCUACAUCUACAAGGACAGAGAGCUCACGCUCUCGCUGGUCCGCCGGGCAGAGGCGGCGGGCUACGAGGCCAUCUUCGUUACCGUGGAUACGCCACACCUGGGGAGGAGACUGGAGGACAUGCGGAACUGCUUUAAACUGCCCUCACAUCUGCGAUUGUCCAACUUCUCAACAGACUCCUUGGCUUUCUCUGAGGGAGACUUCGGCAGUGACAGCGCGCUGGCCGUUUAUGUCGCCAAAGCCAUCGAUCCCGCUCUGUGCUGGGACGAUAUUACCUGGCUGAAGAAAAACACACGCCUACCUGUUCUUGUGAAAGGAGUCCUAACUGGGGAGGAUGCUGCCAGGGCUGUGAACUACGGCGUCGAUGGCAUCUUGGUGUCCAACCAUGGAGCUCGACAGCUGGAUGGGGUUCCUGCCACGCUGGACGUGCUGGAGGAGGUUGUGGAGGCAGCAGCAGGUCGCUGCGAUGUCUACCUGGAUGGCGGAGUGAGGCGAGGGACCGACGUCCUGAAGGCGCUCGCCUUGGGAGCGAAGGCGGUCUUCAUCGGUCGGCCUGUGCUGUGGGGCCUCUCCUGUGAGGGGGAACAAGGUGUUAUUGCAGUUCUGCAACUUCUCAAAGAUGAGCUGACACUAGCUAUGGCCUUGGCAGGAUGUCGUUCCCUCUCAGAGGUGAGCAGAUCCUUGGUCAGGAGAGUGGAGAUGACAUCAAGAAUGUAACAUGGAUCACCAUUCUUGCAUAGCUGCUCUCUUGCCAUAUGCUGGUUGAAUUUAAAAUGGAAUUGUCAAACAAAUGCUGAAGUGGAAAUUGUACAUUGAUCUUUUUAAUUUAUAUGACUUUCCAACAAUACAGAAGAAUGGAAUUGAAGGUUUUCUUUCAGAUUGGUCAGUUAGCAAGUGAUUAUUCUGUGACAAACAUUCUUCUUAAGCAAAGACCAAGACCAAAACCUUGUUCUGAUUGAUUCCGACCUGACAUUCAACAUUCAUAUCAAAUCAAUGACUAAAACUGCCUUCUACCAUCUGAAGAACACAUCCGGAGUGAAGGCUUGCAUGUGUCAAGCAGACCAGGAGAAGCUCAUCUAUGCUUUUAGCUCAAGUAGACUUGACUAUUGUAAUGGUCUUCUGAAUGGACUCCCCCAAAAGAGCAUUAAACAGCUGCAGCUCAUUCAGAAUGCUGCGGCUCGGGUUCUGAUCACAACAAAGAAGUCAGAGCAUAUUACUCCAAUUCUAAAGUCUUUACACUGGCUUCCAGUCCGCUUUAGAAUCGAUUUAAAGUUCUGCUCCUGGUCUAUAAAUCACUAAAUGGUUUCGGUCUUGAAUACAUGAAAGAAACGCUAAUGGGAAAUAAACCCAGUCGGGCUCUGAGAUCGACCGACUCGGGUGAAAUAGUGGAGCACAGAGUCCAAAGCAAACGCGGUGAAGCAGCAUUUAGCUGUUGUGCUGCACACAAAUGGAAGAAGUUGCCAGCAGAAGUCACGUCAGCCCCAAGUGUGCACGUUUUCAAGUCCAGGGUAAAAAAACUUCUCUUUUCUCAUGCUUUUUAGAGCAUUUCCACUUUGAAAUGAUAUUUCUUGCACUCUAUGCUGUUUUAAUUGUACUCUUUGUUUGAAAUGUUUAGAAGCUGUUUUUUCCCCUUUUGUGUUUAAAAGCCUUUAAUCGUGUAAAGCACAUUGAGUUACCCCGUGUAUGAAAUAUAUAAUAUAUACGCUAUAGAAAUAAAUUUGCUUUGCUUUUACUGUGCAGCGAUAAAAUUA